ACCCGGCGCCACGGCCAAGAGAGCUGGGGAAAGACGUGACGAUUCAAGAUGGCGAAGGACCUGGAUGAGCUCUUGGAUGAAGUCGAGUCCAAGUUUUGCAGACCCGACCCACUGAGACUGGGCAUGGGCGAGCCGCCCAGAGGCUACGGCGACACCCACGGCAGCGACCGGAACCGAGCCGAGGCGAAAGAGAAGCUCAGAUCAACAGAAACAUUAAAAAAAGAAGAUGAUCUUGACAGUCUUAUUAAUGAAAUAUUUGAAGAGCCCAACUUUGACAAAAAGAACUUUAAAUUAAAAUCUAAAUCUUCAGGUAACACAUCUGUCAGAGCUUCCAUUCAAGGCCUCAGGAAAAGUUGCAGCCCAGUGUACCUUGGUGGAAGCACUAUUCCAUUUGGGAUUGGAACAAAUACUUCACAGAGAGCAUGUGACCAUCUGCGUUGUAUAGCCUGUGAUUUCUGGAUAGUGAGCUACAAUGACUGUAUGUGGGACAAAUCAUGCGAUUAUCUGUUUUUUAGGAACAACAUGCCAGAAUUCCACAAAUUAAAAACAAAGUUGGUAAAGAAGAAAGAAGCACGGGCAUAUGCCUGCCAGUGCAGCUGGAGAACUGUUGAAGAACUGACGGACCUGCAGACAGAUCACCAGCUUCGGUGGGUUUGUGGUAAACAUUGAGAAUGCACCCUUUGACAUUCCCACAGAUGCCUCUGUGAGAGCAGCCUCCAGUCAUCAUCUCGUUUAGGUAGAGGCACAUAUCAUAUUGUACCCUUUGGAAAAAGACAGUGAAUUUCAUUUAACUAUACAAAUUUUUGAAGAUCAAGUGGACUGAGGAGAUAAUACAACACUUUAGAAUCAUUCCUUUCUGAUGAUGGAUGUUUCACUUAGUAAGUAAGGUAACAAAUAUCCAAAUUCUUUGUUUGCCUAACUCCUGUUAAAUGGAAGUUUAAUGAUAGCAUUUCAUACUAUCAUACAGCCUUUCAUUAGCAACCGCGACACUGACUGCUCACUUACAGCAGUUAAAGGGGAUGGACCUGACCCGGGCACAGAGGUCUUGGUAGAAUUGGUUUUGGCACUUCCUCCAGUCACUUCUGCUGUUGCCAAAGAUCAUAACUUAGACAUCUCAAAAACUAGAUGCCAAGUGGCUAACAGAAGGGCUGUCAGGAAUACAGGAUGUUAUAAAACACUGCCUUAGACCUCACCAGCUCAAAACAGUGUAUGCACAAUAAUGACAAAUAUGUGUUGCCAGUUUUAGCUUAUUUCUCCUCCUUUUGUUCAAUUAGAUUUUAAAAACUUCUUAGCAAAUAUCCAUUUAUAUACAGAAAGAAAUUGUUUCCAUGGACCGAAAAUCACAAAAAUCCUGAUACAAAUAGGUCAUUGUUGGAUUUUUAAAUGCUCUCUAGCCUUUAAUGCCAACAAUUCUAUCAAGCAAGCAAGCAAGAUGAUUUUUUCAGGCAGCCUGUAAACUUUUCUGGUAGAAUCAGAUUGAUAAUUAUUAGAUGAGUACAUGAAAAGGGAAAUAAAGCCUGAUGACCCAGCAGGUAUCCUGUUAGGCUCCUCCUUGAUAUCACUGAGCAGCGUGUUCAGAAAAUCAUUUACCUCACAGUUUCCAGUUCCUAGCACCCUUGAAAGAUUCUGAAGGCUUUUUAAUCUGCCAGAAACUACUGCAAGUGUCUACAGUUUGGUUCAAAUGUGUAACAAGGGGCACACUGAAAGGGAGUAAUUUUUAGCACAGUUAUCUUCUUGGUCUUAUGCUGACUCCAUUCCAGCCGCUCUUCUGAAGCAAAGAACAUCUACAUAGCCAUUUAAAGCCCUUUCCUGGCCAUGACACGUUUGCAUACGUUAGUUAAGUCUGGUGUGGCAAUAGGACAAAUCUCAUCGUGACUGAUACUCAUAUUUUUGUAUCAAGGACGUGUCUAUAGAUUUUAUCUUUCAAUAAAAUUUUUUACUCCCCAAAAUUAUAUGUCUUUGUAAUUGUGUCAGAAAUACAGCAGGAUUUAGACUGAAGUCAUCUCUUCCAAAAAAUUGCAAAACAAGAUUCAUAUUCAAAAUUUCAUGGGAUUUGUCAUGUUAGUCAUAAUGAUGAUGACUUCUGUUUAGUCCAGUAUUCAAAUUUGCUGAGUCAUCAAUUUAAAAAAUAUUUUUAACUUAUUUUCCUUUCAGAUGGAUGAAAAUAUCCCUUCCAUUUUUCUUGUCAUUGUAACUAUCCUGAAACUGGGACAUAUUACCUGUGUAUGGCAUUCCAUAACAUAAUAAUCAUAAUAAUUCCAUAAUGUCAGAAAUGUCUCUAUGAGUUUCAGUUUUUAUUGUGAGUUUAUAAGCUUUUUAGUAUUGUACUAUUUUAAUCUAAAAUGUAGAAAGAAUAUUACAUUUAUAUGUAAAUACCUAUUACAAUUUAAGCUAAAAUGCAUCUACUGUAGUAUCAAUAUAGAAGAAAAGAACCAAUAUAGAAGAAAAGAAAUCAACUAUAAUUUCAAAAUGCAAAGUCUAUAAAAGUUUUAAGAUAAUCUUAUUUUCAAUAUUUAUGAUAAUCUCCUACCUUUAGCAGGUAUCUGUUGUGAAGCCAGGUAACUACUUUCUUCUAACUAUAUUAUACUCUCAGACCCUCAUGCUUCCUAGAAAUGAGUAUUCUCCAUUUAUUACUUUUUAUUUUAUAAUAAAGUAUUCAUAUUGGUAUUAUUUGAAAUAAUUUUGGUAUUUUUUAAUGUCAACAAGAAAGUUUCCAGCUAUCUAGUUGAAUAUUUACAUGAGGUAGGGAGCAGCAUGCCGCAAUUGUUUUUAACAGGGAUAAGGAAUAAAACAUACAUGCAUGAAUUUUCAGACUAUUAAUCCAUUCACUGCACUGGCAUUUCCUGGUAAAUUUGAAUCUAUCCAUACUCAACAACACAACAGUUUUUUUCCAAUGUGUACAAAAUUUAUGAAUUGUUAAAAACUUGGUGAAAUAAACAGAAUGAUGCCAACAACAUCAGAAAGCAAACUAGAAUAACUCAAGUCCCAUGAACAAUGGAGUGGGUGAUAAAAUUCAGUGACAUACACCCUCACACCGCAGCAAAUAUGCAAGCUGCAAAUAAGAGUGUGUGUGCACCUGUACAUGUGUGUAUAUGCAUGCAUAAAAGAGCAUGGCCAGUCAAAGGAGCAGGUCCAAGUUCAAGAACAGACCAAGUUGAUUGGGAUAUGCAUCCAGAUGUCAAGAAACUUAGAAUCCUCCUUUUCUUGGGCCAAAGGUGGUAACAGACUGUGAAACAGUAUCACUUUCCCUACUUUUCGUGCUGACCUAGUAUUUUUCAAUAUGAAAAAAAAAAAAAUCUUUGUAUCCAAAGUACUAUGAUGAAGCUCAGCAAUGAAUUUCAGAUAGUGUUUUCCUCAGCUGUUAUGUUUUUGUUUUGUUUGUUUGGUCCUGGGGAUUGCACA